AUGAUUUUUAAUUUGAAAAAAAGUAAAAAAAAUGAUGGAUCAAAUAAGGAUAGUAAAAAGACAAAUGAUACUAGCGGAAAUGAAAAAAAAGAAAAGAAUAAUAAAUGGUAUAAUAAAAUUGUAAAUAAUUCAACAAAAAAAGAUAAAAAUAAUAAUGAUAGUAGUAUAAUAUAUGAUGCUGAAAAUAAUGUCAAAGAAAGUGAACCUCGUUUUAAGGAAUAUGAACUUGAAGAUCAAUUAAAAGAAACAUUAAAAUCAAUUACUUCAUUAUCUAUAAAAGUAAAAGAAUAUGAAACGAAAAUAGAAGAAUUAGAAAAUGAACUAAAAUUAGAAAAAGAAAAACAAAUUAAUAAAGAAUAUGAAAAAGAAUUAAAUGAAAAAUGUGAAUUUAUAAAAAGGGAAAUGGAAUUGUUAAAGGAAAAAGAAUUAAAUAUAAAUAUAAAAGAAAAUAAAAUAAAUAAUAAAGAAAUAAUAACAUUAAAAAAAGAAGAAAAAUUAAAUGAUAUAGAAAAUGAGUAUAUUGAAAAAAGUAAAGAAAAAGAAAAAUUGAAUUAUGAAAUUACAAAUAUAAAAAUGCUUUUAAAUAAAUUGACUUGUGAAAUUCAAGAAAAAAAAGAAAAUUUAGAAAAAAUAAAUAAAAAAGUUGUAGAAAAAGAAAAUAAUUUAAGAGAAUUAAAAGAAUUUAUGAAAGAAAAAAAUGAAAUUAUUGAAUCAUUAAAUGGGACAAUAGAUGAUAAAAAAAAUGCUUAUGAAAAAUUGGAAAUAAAUUUUGAAGAAAAAAGAAAAAUGAUUGAAAUAUUGGAUAGUAAAUUAAUAGAAAAAGAAAAAAAUUUUGCAAACAAAAAAGAGAAAAUCGAGAAGGAAAAUGAGGUAAUUAUGGAAAAGUUAAAAGAUAUUGAAAACAAAGAAAAAUAUUUUAAAAAUAAAGAAGAAAAAUUUAUUAAUAUGGAAAAUGAAUUGAAUAAUCUUAAAAAUGAUUUGUCUAGAAAUGCAUGUCAAAUGGAAGUUUACAAAUUGGAAAUAAAAGAUUUGAGCCAAUCAUUAGUUGAAAAGGAAAGAGAAAUAUUUGAAAUAAAAAAUGAAUAUAAUGAUAAAAUAAAUAAUAUGAAAGAUAAAUUGUCUAAUUUCAAUAAUAACGAUAUAGAUAAUUCAGUACAAUAUUCUGAAGAAAAUAUAAAUAAAAAAAUAGAAGAAACAAUCAAUAAAUUAAUAAAAGAAAAAGAAAUGGAAUUAAAUGGGAUACAUAAAAAAUAUAAUCUUGAAAUUGAAGCAAUAAAAAGCAAGUUAAAUGAAAAAGAAGAAGAGUUAGAAAAAAAUAAAAAAAUACACACUAUUGAAGUAAGUGAUUUAACAAAAGAAAUACAAAUAAGGGAAAAAAAAAUAGAAGAUGUUAAAGAAGAAUAUAAAAUCGAAUUAAACGAAUUGAAUAGUGAAUUGAGUAAACUAAACAAAGAAAAAAAUAUCAUAAAAAUUGAAAAUAAUGAAUUAAAUGAUAAAAUAAAUUCACUAAAUAGUGAAGUGAAUAUAUUAAAUAAAGAUAAACAAACAUUAGGUAAUGAUGUUAAAAUAUUAAAUGACCUUAUAGGUAAUUUAAAAAAUGAAAUAAAUAAUUCAGACAAUGAGAUGAAUAAAAUGAAAGAAAACCUAGCUAUGCUGAAUGAGGAAUUGGAAGGAAAAUGUGUUGUAAUUGAUGAAAUUGAAAAAAAAUAUAAAAAUGAAAUAUUUAUGUUUAAAGAAAAAUUAAAAGAAAAAGAAAAUUAUGAUGAUUUAAACGAUGAAAUAAAUAUAUUAAGAAAUGAUAUAUCUGUUAAGGAAAAAGAAUUUAUUGAAAUGAAAGAAUUUUAUGAGAAUAAGAUAAAUUUAUAUAAUAAAAAUUUUGAAGAAAAAAAAAAAAUUUAUGAAAAUGAAUUAAAUAUUUUACGUUUAAAAUAUGAUAGUGAACAAGACUUAAUUAAACAAAUAGAUGAUUUAAAUAUGCAAAAAUUAAAAACAGAAGAAAAAUAUUUACAGUUAUAUGACGAUACUAUUCAGGCAUUUAAAUCGAUUUGUACCAAAAUAAAUAUCACAUACUCUGAAAAUAUCAAAGGCUCUGAUCUUGUAAAUUUUGUGGAAGCAUAUAUAAAGCACAUAGAUGAAUCUAACUCCGAUGCAAAUCUAGAAAAAAAACAUGCAGAUGUUGUAACCGAAUUGGAAAAAAAGCAUGCAGAGGUCGUAACCGAAUUGGAAAAAAAACAUGCAGAUGUUGUGGCUGAGCUCGAAAAAAAUAAUGCAAGUUUGUUAGAUGUAAUAGAAGAAAACCAUAAGAGUGAGGUGGCCAAAUUGAAAGAGGAAAAUAAAGAAUCUGCAAGGGAAUCAAUAGAAACAUUACACCAAAAAAAUGAAGAAAUAAAGAAGUCAAAUAAUAAAAUUGAGGAACUAACAAAUGUAAUAAAAAAUUUAAAUGAUUCUAUAGUAUGUUAUAAAAAAAAAAUAUCAGAAGAUGUGGAAAAAAGAAAUGAAUAUAAUGAAGAAAUAAAAAAAUUAAAUAUGGAACUAAAUGAAAUGAAAAAUAGGAGUGAUAGGGAAAUACUAGAAAAGGAGGAUGAAAUAAAAAAACUAAAUAAAAAACUUUCAAAUUAUAAAGUUUUUGAAAUAAAAGAAAGUGCAUAUAAAGAUUCUAAAAUUUUAACUAGUGAAAAUAAAGAAAGAAUUAUAGUAGACAGUAUAUUUAAAGAAAAUAUUUCUGAAUCAGAUAUUGAAGGAAAAGGAGGGAAUUUAAAAAUGAUUUUAUCAUUAAAAAAAAAAGAAAGAAGUGUAUUUUCAUUUAAUGAUAAUAAAAAUGAAAAUCAUGAAUUAGUUGAUAUUAUAAAAAAUACAUAUAUUAAUAAAAUCAAAGUGUAUAAAAAAGAAAUAAAGGAUAAUGAUAAAAAUAUAGAAGAUUUGAAAAAUAAAAUAUUAGAUUUGAGCAAUGAAUUAGUUAAUUUAAAAAAUUUUAAAAAUGUACUAACUGAAGAAAAUGAUAAUUUAAGGAAAGAAAUAGAAAUAAAAGAAAAUAAAAUUAAUGAAAAGGAAAAAAAUGAAAAUGAUGAUAUUAUUAAAUUGAAAAGAGAAAUUUUCGAAUGGAAAAAUGAAGAAGAAAAAUGGAGAAAAAAAAAUAUAAAACUAGAAAAUGAUAUAGAGCAAAUUAACAAAGAAUAUAAAAUAAAGGAAGAAAAUCUUAUGAUAAAAAUUAAUGAAAAUAUAAAUGAAAUUACUAAUUUAAAAAAUCAAAUAGAAGUUGAAAAAAAAAAAAAAAAUUUGAACAUGUCAAAUGUUAAUAAUAAAAUAGUGGAAAAUAAUAUUUUCGAAAAUAGAGAUUCGAAACAAAUUAAUUUAAAUAAACAAAUUGAAGAUAAGACAGAUGACAAUAUAAAUUGUGAGAAAGAUAAUUCUUAUACUAAAGAAAUUUCUUAUCUAAAAGAUGAAAUUAAAAAAAUUAGUAUACUAUAUGGUGAAGAAUUAAACAAAAAAAAUAAUUAUGAUGAAAAAAUAAAAAAUUUAACUAACGAAUUAAAAGAAUUAAAAAUAAGAAAUAAGAAAGGUGAAGAAGCAAUUGUUGAGUUAAGUAAACUGAAGAAUAUUAAAGAAAAUAAUAAAAGUGUAAAACAAGAUGAUGAAUUAUCAAAUAGUAACAUUAUUUUGAAAAAAGGAAAUAGAGAUACAGAUUAUAUAAGUAAUUAUGAUAAAAUGAAGAAAAAUUUUCGAGAGGAAUCAUUUUUAAAAUUAGAGGAAAAAACAGAUUUAUGGGAUAAUAUUAAUAAUCUGGAAAAAUAUAAUUUUAGAGUGAUGAAUAUUGUAAAGGAAAAUAAGAAUAUACAUAAUGAUAAAAUUGUAGGAAUGUAUAAUUAUUUCAAAAAUUGUGAAAAAGAGCUAAAAGAUGAUAUGUUAGUUAUUUGUCUAGUUUUAAAAGAUAUUUUAAAUGUAUUAUUUUUAAAUGAUAAUUUUGUAAACUUGUUUGAAAAAAUUGAUAAAAUAUUGUGGAAACAAAUGUAUAUACCAAAAGAAAUAAAAAUAUUAUUUUUACAAUAUUUUAGAUUUUUAGAUAAGUUAAGAAAUUAUGUAAAAAGUGUAAAUGCAGAAUAUAACAAUAAUGAAAGGUAUGAUGAAUCUUGGGCUUUAUUUCAAACGUAUUUAGAAACAGGUAGUAAUUUAAAAAAAGAAAUGAUAUAUUUUGUUUUGGAAAAAGCAGAAAAUUAUAAUUGUGAAAAUAACAAUGUUCAUUUUGAUAAAGCAAAAAUAACAGAUAUCUUAAAUUUUUCAAAAGACACUAUUCGACUUAAAACAAUAGCACAAUUACGAAAAGAAUUAAACUUUGAAAGACAAUCAAAAAAUAUAUUGAAUUAUGAUUAUCAUUUUAUUUUAAAUAAAUAUCAUGAAUGUUUGAGAAAAUUUAAAAUUGUGAAAAAUAUGGCAAAAGAAUUAGAUUUUAAUUAUAAUGUAAGUGGUAAAUUUUCUAUUAAAAAAGAAUUAGAUAUAUAUCCAAAUGAAAAUGAUGAAUUUAAAUAUUAUAGAAUAAAAAAUGAUGAGGGAAUAUAUGAUAAUAUUAAGGGUUCUAAAGAGAAUAAUUUAAUUAAAAAGAUAAUUAAUUUACAAAAAAAUAAAAAAAUUGAAAAAAAAAAUAAUAAUUUUGGAAAUGAAAUAAAUACAAUGUAUCCUGGUGAUACUAUAUCAAAGGGAAAAAUAUUCACCACAAAUAAUAAUUCGAAACAAAAUGAAAAACUUAAAAAAAAAGAAAAUAUGAAUAAUAGCAUAAUUCACAAAAAUGUUUAUUCAGAUCAAAUUAAAAAUAUUUUUAACGAAACUAUAGAAAGGGACGUUAAGAUAAGUUUUGUUCACAAAAGUCCAUUUAGCUGA